AUGGCGGCUGCAAAAAAAGUUCGCGGAAGAACGUGGGAGGACAGGGAGACUAGACUUUUGCUCGAAAAAUGGGGAGACGAAAACGUCCAGCUAAGACUGAAGUCCUGUACAAGGAAAAAGCCAAUAUGGCAAGAAAUUGGCGACUUUUUAAUGGCCUGUGGAUAUGAAGACCGCGACGGAGAAGCCUGCAAAACCCGCCUCCACACUCUUGUAACGGCAUACCGCCAAUACAAAGACGAACUUAAGAAGACGGGAAACGCCACCCCAAGCAAACAACCACCAUUCUUCGAUGAGCUGGAUAAAAUACUAUCCGAUAAGCCGAGUACACAACCAAAAGUUGUCAUCAAUUCGACAACAAUUGUUACGGCAUCAUCGUGUGAGGACGAAAGUGAAAAUAUUGAGAUCAUCCCGAAGGGCAGCAGCAGCAGCAGCGACAACAACAGUGGUAGUAGUAGUUCUUCUGAAGUAUGUCAGGAACAUGUAUUGGCAGGCAAUUUGUAGCUGUUUCUCUCGUACAAACUGUAAGUGUUUCUUUUUUCGCAAGCGGAAGUUAAAAUGCCACAGGCGUCAACAAAACCUUUCCCCAAGGACGCCAUGAAAAUCUCAAAACAGGAUAUUCUAUUGGGCAACGAAACAAUACCUGAAUGAUAAAACAAUGAAUGGUUUGUUUUCGAAGGCCAAUGAAAAUGGAGGUUUCCGAGAGCCCCUUACAUGAAGUACACUGUAUUUUCAGAAACAGCGAAGAAAACUGAACAUGCUGAAGAGAAGAAGAAAGUUUUCACAGGAAAGAAGAGGAGACUUUCAGCUGCCGAUGGUUUUAACAAAAUCGACAAGGCUUUAGAAGCCUUCAUGAAUUACCAACAAGAAGCUGACAGGCGUUUUUGGCAGGCAGAGGAAGAACGAGAAAAAAGAGAGGAAGAAAGGGAUGAGAAACGACGAAAAGAAGAUCAGGAGUUUUUCCUCAAACUGAUGCAGGCACUCAACAAGUGA